AUGGAAGACGAACGGCAGAGGAAGUUUUCCAGUGAGAGACAUGCCAAAAAGAUACUGAAUGCUCUGAACGAAAACAGAAAGCUUCAGCCUUUUUGUGACGGAACAGUUGUCAUAAGGGAUAACAGCAUAUGUGUCCAGAAGAACGUCCUGGCAGCAGCUAGCCAUUACUUCAGGUUGGUGUUUAACUAUGAGACAGAUCCUGCAAACCCUGUAACUCAGAACAAACAGGCAACAGUUAAUAUAACGUCCCUGGGAAUCAGUUUUGAAACAUUCAAAAUCAUUCUAGACUACAUCUACACAUCAGAAAUCAAAAUCAGUGAUGAAAAUAUACAGGACAUUCUUCAGGCUGCUGAUCUUUUGUUACUGGUUGAUCUCAAAGAAUUGUGUUGUGACUAUCUUGAGCAGUGUAUCACUGCUCAGAACUGUUUGGGUAUCCGAGAGUUCUCCUCCAGGUUCUCCUGUCCGUGGAUACAUCUAAAGGCUUCUAUGUUUCUGGAUGAACAUUUUAGAGAUAUCAGUCACUGCGAGGAGUUCCUCAGACUGUCUCCAGAUGCUCUAACGGAGGUGCUGUCCCACGACACUCUGUCUAUCAAGUCUGAAGAGGAAGUCUUCGGUAGUAUAAUCAGAUGGGUCAAGUUUGAUGAGGCCACUCGGAAAGUGUGUUUAGAAGAUUUAAUGUUGUCAUGUCUGCGUGCAGAUCAGAUGUCUGAUACGUUCCUACAGAAACUGACUAGGAUGGAUACUGGGUACGAUCCGAAUAUUCUUAGGAAAAUUGUGGAAGAUGUUCGUAUACUGAAGCCAAACCAGAAAUGCCGUGGUUUUGCGAAUGUUUUGCUAGUAUGUGGUGGUGAAGGACAACCUCAUGCAAAGAGUAAUGAACUAGAGAUUAAAGCCUGCGUGCGUUGCAUUGUGCCCAGUAAACGUGAAAACAACACUAAUGGUCAGUGGGUGGACCUAGCCAAUAUGACCACUGAUAGGAUAGGACAUGGUAUUGUAGAAGUAGGUGGUUACCUGUAUGCUGUGGGAGGACGUAAUAACAAAUGUCAAAUUCUCAACACUGGCGAAAAAUAUGAUCCUCACCAGAAUAAAUGGUCUCCAAUCGCUCCAAUGGAGCAUGCCAGAGUUGGAUUUGGUCUGGUUGCCAUUGACGACCACAUUUACUCACUGGGAGGCAGCAAUGAUAUGACAGAUCCACUUACCUCAGGUGAGGUUUACAACGUACUCACCAACAAAUGGCGUCCUAUCCCGGAGAUGAACCUUAAGCGAGUCUGGUCCUCGUUUGCAGCUGUGGACAAGAAGAUUUAUGUGAUAGCAGGAGGUGCAAUAGGGAAACUUUUUGAGGCAGUUGAAUGUUAUGACACGCGAACAGAGACGUGGACCUCAGUCUCUCCAAUGAGAGAACGCCGGUGUGACGCCCGAGCAGUCGCUGUUGACAAUGAUAUUUAUGUGUUUGGUGGAUUUAGACGUAUUGAGUGCCCAAGUGCUAUGCAUGGUGGGCACAGUGUAAAGUUCUGUGGGACUGAGAUCUACUCAACACGCAAUGACUACUGGGCUCAUGCUCAUACCCGUGGCGUUGGUCUUUGUACAAUGUCAGACGCAUCACAGAUCUAUGGGGCAGUGUAUGAUGGAGAUGAAGUAUUGGUAGUAGGGGCAUUAGAUGUGGGUGGAACAUACCAUUGUGUGCGAGGGUUUAAUUUUCAUACAAACAGCUGGCGUUGUGUAGUACAGAACCCUCCAGCCAUGCAGCGUGGACACUCGUCAACAAUGUUCAGGAUGCCCCUCCAUCGACUUCGCAACCUACAGUGGGAUCAGGGCAAGCUUACGUUCACAGAUAUCAUGUAACAUGAAUGACACAGUGUCGCCUCACUUUGUCUAACCUAGGGUUAACAUCAGAGUAGGUAGAGAUGUGUCAGUGUGUACUUCAUAUCAUGUUCAGAAUUUGAAUCCAAGAAAGUCAAGAACAAAAAAGAAACAAAUGUAAUAUGAAUGCCAAGGCUUAAUGAGUUAGAAUUUGUUUAAUUCAUAAUAACUCCUUAACAUUCAAAUUGCUCCUGAUAAACACUGCUUACUAUGAUUUUAUGAUCCAAAACGGAAAUAGUUCUAUUUUGAUGCGGAUGGUAAAAUUCAUUCAUUAUGUAAAGACAUUAUUAUUUAUGGGCAUCAGAACAUAUCAGCUGAUAAGGGUAUGUGUUUGAGAUUGCAGGUAUGUAUAUCAAGGUAAAGUAUAUAGAACAAAGUCUAGGUUAAACAUCAAGCCUAUUUAUCAAGGUAACGUGUUUAGAGAUAAAAGAUUUUGAAUUAUGAGCUAUCUAAUGAGUCAAUCACGAUAUUUUAACUUUAGAGCCAAUGUGAACUAACACUUCUCAGAACAAAAAAAAAUUCAAAACAUCAACAAUGUGAAAAACUGGUAAUUUUUAGCUCACCUGGUCUGAUGCAUGGUGCCUGGCAUCUGUCUGUCAACUUUUUCUUGAAAUUGGUACUAUUUAUGAACUACUAAAAAUCUUGUAUAAACGGAGGAGUUUGGGGCCUGCGGGAGGCAGGCAUAUUGGAGGCAAACUAGAUAUAAAUCUUUAAGAACUUGUUUUCUUUAAUUCAAAUAAAGUAAUUCCAUCCUAACAAACCAGGUAAGUGAUAUAGGUCAUGCUAACAAACCAGGUGAGGGAUAUAGGCCCUUUAGGCCACUUGUUUUAAGUUUGUCUAAUGUAAAAUUAAAUGAUCAAUGUGCAAUAGAAAAAGUUACAUGGCUAGAUGUGACUACAAGGAUCUUUCUAAUUGGCAAGUUGCCUACCUUGUUCAUAAUCUGGCAGGUCUGUGUAUUAUUUAAUUAUUUUUCUCUAAUCUAAUUAAAUUAUAUGUAGUUGUCUCCCUUGGAGAGCCCCUCAAAAGGAUAUGUUGUAUACAUUAUAAAAGUGAUUAAUUUGGUCUGUUGUACGUGUUUCCCUUUAUGUGUUAUGAAAUGACUGUUGAUGACCUUGGUAUGUCUCAUAAAUGACAAUAUGUACCUGUCAUUCUUGAUAACUAAAGUUGAAGUACAUGUAGUAUGUAUAAUUAUCUCCCUUUGUAUGUCUAGUAGAUGAUUAUGUAUUGCUUUUGUUAGUCCUGUAAAUUGACAGUUGAUUUGUCUGAUGACAAUUAAAUGUUAAAAAUUAACUCCCAUGAUCAUGAUGUAGAUAGAUAUUAUAGCAUUCUCAUGGUCUUGUGUAUAACAUUGAAACGGACCGAUGACACUUGUACUCAUUUGUCAUCUGACAGAAAUCCUCUCAUUUAAUCAACUAAAUAAAUAAAAUGGUAUCUUGAUGAUAAACAGUAGAUCUUUAGAUAUAAAAUGUCAUUUUAGUAAAAUCAGUUAUGAAUCGCAGCCUUUCAUUCAAUUCUCUUAAUUUGUUUAUAUUUCUCUGUCAUCUGUCUAAGGCUGAUUUCAUGUAAACUGGUUAUAAAUGAGCCGGUGAACUAGAAUUAUUCUGCUAUUGAUUAUCAAACCUCUACCAGUAUUAUAUGUAGAGAUCAUAGAACACAGUUUUUAAAAUUUUGCCAAGGCUAAAAUUAUUCAUUAAGUACAUUUCAUUAAACCUUUAAAGAUGUACUUUCAUGAGAAUUUUUUAAAAUCCAGUGUUAAAAUUUUUUUUCUAAUGAUGAUUUUAUGAAAGGUUUGAUUUCAGAAAGUAGAUAAAAAGCAAAAACAAAACCAGUAUGUUGCUGCACUACUUUUUCCAGUAAAGGUGUAAGAAUGUGUGUAACAGGAAAUCAUUCAUUUCCAUGUAUUAUUCGUAUUUUUUUCCCUGAGUAACAAGAGACAUUCACUUCACUUUUGGCAACCUUUUCUUAAAUUAAAUUUUUGUCUUUCAUUUCAAAGUAAGGAAUUAUAUUUGGAUAUCCAGAAAAAAGUAUGUGAAAAUGCGAACUUUUCAUUUUAUUUAAAGAGCUUUAAGCUGCAUAAAAUCAAAAAAUGAAAAUGAUCCAAAAUGACAUACAUUUUUUUUAAAUGAGUACUAAACUUUUUUAAGACUAUGCAUAAGUUUUGAUAGAGAGAUUUUUUGAUGAUAUUUUUCAUGUUUGAAAAAGGAGAGGUCUUUGCGCUUUAUUUUUUGGAAGUUUGCAACCAAAAUAGCUAGCUUUUACAAGAACAAGAAACCAGUCGAAAUGUAUAGAAACCAAAAAACUUUGAAAAUGUCGACACUGUUAACCAUAUCAUGCCUUGAAUUAUGCCAUCAAAAAAGGAGUCUGCAAGCGAAUUUUUUCAACAUAUCAUCUGUUUUUAACACUUAAGUACAGUUAUAGAUGACAAAGCAUACGAAGGACAAAUCUCCAACACAUGUUUGAGUUCAUCUUAUAUUGAAUUAUGCCUUACUUCAGGUCAAAACAUCAAAGUCUUUAAAUUCUGAAGUUCAGCGAUGGUCAGAGAGUUAAUUUGAAAUAGAUAUAGUUAACCCUCUCAAACUGCACAUGCUGCAUAUUCUGCAGACCUAGACAUGAUUGCGAUCAAUACCUGGAGUUUUUCUAGCAUGUACAGCCAGUCCAGCUGUUUCAUUUGCUCACAAUUUGUGUACAUUAUCUUCCAUCAUCUGUUACUUCACUAUGGUACAGAACUGUUUUCCAUUGUUUGCUUCUUGAAUGACUAUUUUGUAUAUAGUAGUCUCUAUAUAAUAGACAGAUGAUAGUCUUAUGGUCUUGUUUGACCUGUCUACCAGAUGAUUAUAUAGAACCAUGUCCCUGUUUUGGCACGGUGGAUUGCAGUUGUAUAGAAUUGUCUCCCUUUAUGAUAAGUCUCUCAGAAUCUUCCUUUAUCUACUCACAAGAUGAAUUCUUAUAGAGUUGUCUCCCUUCAUUAGACUAAAGGAAGGUUUCUAUACUUUCUAUUGAUUUUUUCCUCCAUGGAAUGAAUUUAUGUAAAGUUGUUUCCAAUCUUUAGUCAAGAAGAUGACUAAUUUCUGUUGGCUUCCUUCAUCCAUGAAAUGAAUGUGUGUACAUUUGUUUCCCUUUAUCAGUCUAGAAAGUGACUAUUGUCUAUGUCUUCAUUCAUGCAUGAAUAAAUAUUUGUGGAGUUUUCUCCCUUCAUUAGCCAAGUGAAUACUUUCUCCUGGCACCCUUCAUCUAUCCAUUGAGUGAAUUUAUGUAGUAUUGUGCCCCUUUAUCUGUCUACAUGAACCUGAUGUCUCCAUUUAGCUGUUCAGUAAAUUAAUUUAUUUUAUGUGUACAGAUAGAUUCUUCUUCAUUCAUCUACUUUCAUUUUAGAUGAUGACAUUGAAUGAAACAGACUGUCAUACUUUAAAAUCAUUUAUCAUCCCUGAUUUAUUUGCAGUGAUAAAUUGUCACAAAGAUGUUUCUUUCAUAAGAAUUUGCGAAACUGAAUUGCACAGACCAGCAUUAUGAAAAAAAUAACAGGAUUUAUUACCAUGUCUUCUUUUCUUUGAUUAAUUAGGGUUUUACUAUGAUAUAAAUACAUUUAGAAAGUGAUUAAAUUAACAAUUUUAUGUAUAGAUUUAUACAUUAAACAGGAAUGAAAUCAAACAAUCAUUACUUUAUAAAGUUUAAUAUGUGAAAUUGAUCAAAAUAUUCACUACUACGGUAAUGUGCUUAUUUUUUCAGGAAGGAUUUUUUUAAUGAAAAUGUUUAAUUAGUUUUUAAAUGAUUCAGUAUAUGAAAGUGUACACAAUACAAACAUUGAAUGCAUGUACUAGAUUUUUCUGGUGAAAUUACAAGGUAUGCAUCCUUGAUAAUGCAGGGUUAACACUCACUGCACCCCUGAAACAUUUCAUAACAAAAUUGAAGGCACAAACACAGUAAUUUGAUUGGUCUAGAGUGGGUUUCAGGGGAAAAAAACUGACCAAUCACUGACUGAUACACUCCUUUGAAAAAUUCAAAUGAGCAAUACCUGCCUUUAAAGCUAAUAUAACACAGAGUUGUACCUCUUCCAGAUUUGAUGAUAUACGUUAAGGAUCAGCUAGCCUUCAGCAUCGGGUGCUGUGUAUGAAACCUUCAAUGUUGCCAUGAAAUAUUUAAUGGGUGCUAAAAGUAAAAGUGAUCAUAAACCCUGGGGAAAACAUGAUAAUCUACUUAAUAUUAUCAUAUCUUUCAUUAAUUCUUGCUCUGCAUCUGAUAAACAGGAGACUGAUAAAAAUUAUAAUUCUUUGUGAUGUAAUGUUUUAGCAUUGUUAUCUAUAGUAUUGAUAAUUCUUAUACAAUUUUUUACAUGUAUCUGUUGAAUUUUAAUAUGUCAGUUGUAGUUGACAACCUCUAACUUCUGUAUGUAAAUAUUGAUCCCUGUUCUACAAAGUCUAUAUACACAAUGCAAUAGAAGGUUUACUUUACAUGUGAAUAUAAAACAUGAAUUCUAUUUAUUAAAUGUGUUGGUCCAGGCAGUAUUGAACUUCUUACAUUUUACACAGAAAUUCAAAACCAUGAAAUAAAUCUUCCUUUUUUUCCACAAAGGAAUUUAAGAAUGUGUUGUCGCUGGGUAACAUUUCCCGAUUGUUAUUUAUUAUAGUGAAAUAGUUGCCUGUGUAAUGUCUUGAGUGUGUGUCAAUGUUGUAGAUACCUCAUUGGUAGCUUUAACUAAUUUUUGUAAAAAUCAUGUUCACAAUAUUCUUCAUUUGAAGUAAAACGUAUACUUAUUUAUUAUCAAA